AUGGCUGGAAAGUGGGAUGACGAAGAGGCUUCCGAUGCCUCCAGCUCCCCCGAAGAGACGACCGCAGCUGGACGGCGCAAGUUCGAUGACGAGGAAGAUGAUGACGAUGUGCUAGACUCGUGGGACGCGGCCGAGGAUUCGGAAGUUGAGCGCGAGAAGGCAAAGAAGGCCGCAGAGGCCAAGGCCAAGGCUGAAGCCGAAGCGAAGGCCAGCAAGAAGUCCAAGACACAGCGCCUGCAGGAGAAGAUUGCGGAGCGUCAAAAGCGACAGGAGGAGGACUCGGACUACGAGUCUGACGAGGACGAAGCCACCAAGAGGGCCCGCCUCGCUCAGGCUCAGAAGGAAGCCGACCUCAAGCACGCCGAGGAUCUCUUCGGGGGCGACGUUGGUGGUGUCCCUUCUUCUCGCAAGGCAGUCAUCAAGGGGUCUACCGUGUCUGAUCCCAAGGACCCCAGCAACCUGAUCGACUUGUCCAAGAUGGCCAUUUUCGACCCCAAGACGAAGACGCAAUUCGAACAGCUCCGCGAGGUAAUGGGACCAAUCAUCUCUAACAACUCCAAGAAGGCUCACUACACGCUGUUUCUUGUCGAGUUUGCAAAGCAGCUGGCCAAGGACUUGCCCAGCGACCAGAUCAAGAAGGUCUCCAGCGCCUUGACGACGCUCAGCAACGAGAAGCUGAAGGAGGAGAAGGCACAGGAGAAGGGCGGCAAGAAGACCAAGGCCGCUAAGACCAAGACCACCCUGGCUAUAGCUCGGCCUUCCGCUACCGACACCACUGCCUACGACGACAAUGAAUUUGGCGAUGAUGACUUUAUGUGA